AAGAGAGCGGGAAAGAGGAAGAGGAGAGAGCUAGAGAGAGAGAGAGAGAGAGAGAAGCUGGGAGAGAAGAGAGAGCUCCGGGGGACGGUGCGGGACAGACGUCCCCCUAUCCCCGCACAGGGUCUCCGUGCCCCCUCCGCCGGCCCUCACCUUGUCCCUGGCAGGAGCCUAACAUGAAAAGCCUCCCGACCCUCGAGGGGGGGCCAUGGCCGAGCCUAUGCAUCAAGGAGGUGAGCUGCCCCAAAAAGCUCAAGAGGAAGACCCAGGAGGGGCCGAGGCGCGUGAACGGCUACAAAAGUUUCAGGGCGGACUUGAGAGCGCCCGAGCCCGAGGCCAAUGGACUAGGGGAGCGCACCGAGCGGCUGAUCCCGGCCAAGGGAGCGACCGUGGCGGCUGCUCCGCCGGAGGAGAGCCCGGAGCUGCUGCCGCUACCAGGGGACCGCAGGAGCCGAAGCUGCGGCGGCGGCCCCCGGGGCAGCGAGGUCUUAGACAUGCGGAAACGCUGCUUCCCCCCGGGGCCUGGCCGAGGUCUGCCCCCGUCGCCCCCGCCGCUGCCCCCGGGCCUGGCGGCUGCUCCCGGGAGCCGGGACGGGCGAGAGGCUCCGCAGACUUUCGGGGACCAGGGCGCGCGUUCCCGGAUCGUGCUGUGCCCGCCGCCCCCUCGCCAGCCCGCGCCGCAGCCCCCGCCGCAGCCCCCGCAGCCGCCGCCGCGGCCGGCGGGAAGUUCCUUCUCGUCAAUUUCACACGUAAUUUACAAUAACCAUCCUGAUCCUUCAGCCUCUUCGCCUAGGAAACGGCUGGGCGAAGCCGCAGGCGUCUCCUCGGAGAUCAAAGCUAUCCAGCAGACCAGGAGGCUGCUGGCGAACGCCCGGGAGAGGACCCGGGUGCAUACCAUCAGUGCCGCCUUCGAGGCGCUCAGGAAGCAGGUUCCCUGCUAUUCUUAUGGUCAGAAGUUGUCCAAACUGGCCAUCCUGAGGAUAGCCUGUAACUAUAUCCUUUCCCUGGCCAGGCUGGCUGAUCUGGACUACAGUGCUGACCACAGUAACAUGAGCUUCUCUGAAUGUGUGGAACAGUGUACCCGGACCCUGCAAGCAGAAGGCAGGUCCAAGAAGAGGAAGGAGUGAUCGUGGAUCUGCGUGAAUUCUCUGCCCCUCCCUGCUAAGGAGCCUUUUCUUCAGCCCGGGCCAAGGGCACAGAUGACUCUGACCCAGUGAUGCCCACCUGUAACUCACAGCCUCCCAACCACCUCUCCUCCUCUGAGAUGAGCAUCCAUGCUCAGACUGUCAAUGGACCAGACAGAGAGGGAUCAUGAAAAGAUCUCACUUUCUCAAGCUCUCUUCUCCUCCUUCCCUGACUUCAUUCAAGCCCCACUGGCCCUGUUUGAUGCGAUCGAAUGUGUCCCUUUCUCCCUUCCGUUUUUGGCGAGGAAGAGUGGAGACAGAAGAUGGGACAGUUUCCCUUUGCCCAGCAUCCUUGGGCCAUUGCCAAAGAUUUGACUGACUUUUAUCUGUUUGAAUGUCACACGGUUAGUUUUUGUUUGGAAACAUCCCCCCAACCCACCUCAAGUCAAAGAGAAGUCAGGAAUUCCAUCUGGAUCCCACAGAAAGAGUCAGCUCCUAGGGAUGGACAGAUUCUGAACCCUAAAUGCUCCUCCUCUGGGUCCUCUUUGGCUCCCAAGUUCCCAGCACCUUGUUUGGGCUACCAACAAGCAUUCCCAAAUGGAGACCAACAGAUGUUUCAGAGUUGGGUGCAAUUGGGACAGUCAGAGGGUGGGAGGACUGGAUCCUGUUCUCUGUCACACACCUCCCUUCCUGUUUGCCCUGUGCUCAGCCCCUAUAUCUCUGUGGGGUCAGGAAGCUGUGGCUCCUGCUCCUUUGCCCACUUAGGGGGACUAGGAGACUGGGGGCUUGGGGGAGGGCAUUUCCUCACUUUCUUUUAGCCAAACCAAGACUUGUGAAAGGCCUCCCAGGAUCUUCUUGCGACCAACAAGAGAAGAGCAAGAGGAUUGUUUUUUUCUUUUCAGGGACAUGGGGGGAGGUGGGAAGGGCAGGGGGCUCAUUCAUUCCAGAUCCUACAGGCAGAGGGACUGACUGAAUGCCUGACUUGGGGAGGAAAAGAUGUGGGGGAAGUGGGCUAGCCUGGAGAGUGGGGCUAGCCUGGGGAGGAGCUCCAAUGGCUUCUCCCAGACCUCCUCCUGCUCUAAUGGCCAAAGCAUCUUAUUUCUGUGCUUUACUGUUUGCUUCAAAUUGAAGUAAAAACCAAAAAAAUCUAUAUGGAGAAACACACUUGCCAGACCGAGUGGAUUUUGUGGUGGACACAGAUUUGUAUUGUUGAAAUUAUUACAAUUAACACAAAUAUAGUAUUUGAAAAUAAAAAAUUACAUCAUUCAAGG